AUGGCGUUCAAGAUCAUUCUCCCUUUGGCUGCGGCCAUAGCCACGUUGCCCUUUGUCCUCGCCCAUCCCCACGGCGUGGACGAGCCCGAGUUCCAGCAUAACGCCAGGCCCCUCUACGAGCGCUCCCUCGACCACUGCGAGGGCAAGUUCGCCGAGCCCGAGUUCGUCAAGAGGACCAUCGACCGCUACAGCGAUGAGUACGACAGGCUGCGCCGGGCGCUUGGCUUCGAGCCCGAGGGAAGCCCCCACAUCUCCAAGCGCGACUACAUCUCCGUCUCCAAGAUCGACCACAAGAGCAACAAGCCCGUCAGCAAGGGGAUGAGCCUGGCUUCCUUGUUCACAGACUACGGGGCGUGCAUGCUCAUGCCGGCGGUCGACCAGGGACCUCUCUACGUCAAGGGCGAAGAGAUCCGCAAGAACAUCACCAACGGCGAGAAGGGAAUCCCCCUGACCCUCGCCAUCCAGGUUGUCGACUACCAGACCUGCAAGGUCGUCCCGGAUGCCUACGUGGACAUUUGGAGCUCCAACUCCACGGGCCUCUAUGUCGGAGUCCAAGGCUAUCCCGGCAUGGGCGACCCCAACGACGCCUCCAUCCUCAAGGGGACGACUCUGCGAGGGAUCCAGCCCACCGACAGCGCAGGCAUCGCGUCCUUCGACUCCCUCAUGCCCGGCCACUACGAGGGCCGCGCCACGCACAUCCACGCCAUCGUCUACCUCGGCGCCACAAAGCUGGCCAACAACACCCUCAGCGGCGGGCGCGCCGCGCACGUCGGGCAGCUCUACUUUGACCAGUCGCUCGUGACGGCCACGACGCAGGUGCGGCCGUACAGCAGCAACCGCAUGGCCGUGACCCCCAACGUGCGCGACUUCCUCUUCAUGAUGGGCGCCAACGGCGACGACCCCAUCGUGCGCUACGCGCUCGUGGGGGACAAGCUCGAGGACGGCAUCUUUGCGUGGAUGCGCUUCGGCCUGCGCCAGAACGCCGACCUGCGCGUCAACCCGGCCGCCUUCUGGACCGCCAACGGCGGCAAGAUGAACCCGUCGGGCCCCGUGGCGAAGCCCGGCGGCGGGCGGUGGCCGCCCCGCAACAGGGCCCGCGGCGAUGCCGAGGCCGAGGGGGUUGGGAAGAGGGACGAUGAGGCUUGCGCCGACGAGGCGUAACGGCCGUACUUGAAUCCUAGGAGCCACGCUGUCUUGAAUGAUGGUUCUUAUUAUCA